GGCUGAGCGCUGUGGGGCUCCCGAACAAUAGAAGUGCCGCAGCCGAGAGCCCAGCGACCGUUUGGCGUCACUUGGCAGUUGACAGGACCGCGGGACCCAGGAGCGUCCGUCAUGUUCUGCGAAAAAGCUAUGGAGCUUGUCCGCGAGUUACACCGCGCGCCGGAAGGGCAGCUGCCGGCCUUCAACGAGGAUGGACUCAGACAAGUUCUGGAGGAGAUGAAAGCUUUGUAUGAACAAAACCAGUCUGAUGUGAAUGAAGCAAAGUCAGCUGGACGAGGUGAUUUGAUACCAACCAUCAAAUUUCGGCAUUGUUCUUUGUUAAGAAAUCGACGCUGCACUAUAGCAUACCUGUAUGACCGGUUGCUUCGGAUUAGAGCACUCAGGUGGGAAUAUGGCAGUGUCUUGCCAAAUGCUUUACGAUUCCACAUGUCUGCUGAAGAAAUGGAGUGGUUCAACCAUUAUAAAAAGUCUCUUGCUACUUACAUGAGGUCACUGGGAGGAGAGGAAGGCUUGGACAUCACCCAGGAUGUGAAACCCCCAAAAAGCCUGUAUAUUGAAGUACGGUGUUUAAAAGACUAUGGAGAAUUUGAAGUUGAUGACGGCACUUCAGUCCUGCUUAAAAAAAAUAGUCAGCACUUUUUGCCUCGGUGGAAGUGUGAGCAGUUAAUCAGACAAGGGGUUCUGGAGCAUGUGCUGUCCUGACUGUGUUCUGGGAUGACGACAGCAGGGACUUCAGGCUCUGCCAGGUGUGAAGAAGCUAAGUCUAGCUCAUGGAAACAUCCUCACUGGACCUCCCCUCCUUCUUUGAUUUUAAAUUUACAGACAUGCUCUAAAAUAACCACAAAGGGCACCUGGGGCAGUGUGGGGGGGGGGGGGGCUCAGUGGUAGAGCACUUGCUUAGCAUUUGAGAAACUGGGUUCCAUCCCUAGCACCUCAAAAGACAGGACAACAAAAGUCAAAGAGCAGACUAUAGACCAGGAGCAUGUGGCUACAAGUAUAAUCUGCCACCUGUUAAGCUUUGUUACAAGCUAUAUCUCUAGUCAUUGCAUUCCCACAGUAAACGCUGUACUUUUAUAAAUAAAAAUCAACAGUCUUCAGUUCGAAUCUGUUUUCAUGAUACAUUUUUUCAAAAGUAGCAAAUAUUUAUCUAGUAGAAGAUGGAAACAUCCAGGGGUAGGGAAAUAAAUCUGUUUCCUUAGCAGUAGAAUAAGCCCCCAGGAAGAGUUAUUUUGGCCAAGUGAAGGUUUUAGUAGGCCAAAGGUGAGGCUGAGCCUUCUUCAGGAGCUGGAGGAGGCUGGACAGUACUGAGCAGAUAACUUACACUGUGUAGAUGAGCAGCAUCCUUGUAAGGGCCCAGAGAUCUUGGCACUGAUGAUGCUCUGCCUCAGCCUCCUAAGUGCUAGGAUUACAGUCUUGAGCUGCCACGCCUAGCUUCAGCUUUCAGUCUGGUUUUGGAUUCUUUUUGAUGUUGCUGGUUUGUUUUAGACAGGCUCUAUGUAGCUCUGGCUAUCCUGGAACUCACUAUGUAGACCAGGCUAGCCUCAAACUCGCAGAGAGCUACAUCUCUGCCUCCUGAGUGCUAGGAUUUGGUUUCUAAUUUGAUUUCAUUUAUAUAGAGAAUAUAUUUUUAAAAUUAAUUUUAAAAAAUAAUUUUUAUAGAGAAUUUUAUACAAUAUGUUUUGAUCCCAUUCACGUCCUAAAUAAUUUUUGAUUAGUUUAUACAGUAUUAGAUAUCAUGAUGAUAGAACACAUUUGAUAUUACUUCAGUCUCUGUAAUUUUUUGAGACUUGUAUUAAGGCCCCAAACAAGGUCCAUCAUGGUAAUUGUUACAGGUUUAUUUACUAAUGCUGAUUUGGGAGUGGAGUCAGUUUUCUGUAAAUGUCAGUUAGCUGAUCAUGUUUUCAGUCUUUAACCAAUCUACUUUGUGUGUGUACACGUGGUUGCUAAUGCACAUAUAUGUAGAGGCCAGAUAUUGAGUGUUGGAUGUUUUCCUCAAUUGUUUUUUUUUUUGCGAUAGGGUUUCUCUGUGUAGCCUUGGCAUACUGAGUGCUGGGAUUAAAGGUGUGCACUCCCAUUGCAUGGCUUUCACCUUAUUUUUUGAGCUAGAGUCUCUCACUGAACCUAGAGCCUACUGAUUCAGUUAGACUGGCUGGAGAGUGAGCUCCAGGGAACCUCUUGUCUCUACUUCUCCUGGGAUGGGAUUACAGCCAGAUUUUUAUAAGGGUUCUGGAGAUAUGAACUCAGGUCUUCAUAUCUGUGCAGCAGGAGCUUUACCAGCUGACCCAUAUCUCUUGCCCUCUCACCUUGUACUUCAGUUCCAGGCAGAACCCAAAGUAAAGAAGUGCACCCACUGGGAGGUGGUUUUCUUUUUCUUUCUUAUUUUUUUUUUCCUUCUUUCUUUGAGACAGGGUUUCUCUGUGUAGCCCUGGCUGUUCUGGAACUUGUUCUGUAGACCAGGCUGACCUUGAACUCACAGAGCUCCACCUGCCUCUGCCUCCCAAGUGCUGGGAUUAAAGGUGUGCAUUACCACCACCACCCCACUGUGAGUUUUGACAAUGCCUAUACUGGUAUUGUAGGAAAAACGGGCUGCCUAAAGAAAUCCACCCUGACCCUGGAGCCCAGAACUAGGGAAAGAUGGCUCAGAUCGGGGCAGAAAGAAACACAGUUUGGUUCAGUCAGAUCAGAGCCAUCUCUGCCCCUGGCCAACUGA